AGGAAUCACAAUACAAAAAUAAUGGACCAGGAUCCAGUAGCACUUGGCACCAUGGUCACACGUGCGGCUAAAAACGCACUGUCAACCCGAUACACACUUUUACCUUACUUAUAUACACUGUUUUACCAUGCUAAAACCAACGGUGACACAGUGUCGAGGCCUUUAUUUUUUGAAUACCCGGCCGAUAAGCAUACUUACGAGCGUACGGUAGCCGAGACCCAGUUUAUGUGGGGCUCGGCCUUUAUGGUGGCGCCGGUAACUCAGCCCAACAUCACCAAAAUCAAGGCAUACCUACCGGAAGGGGUUUGGUAUCCGUUCAGUCAUAACAAAGUCGGUAAACCGAUCGCCAGUACCGGUGAGUACAUGGAGUUUGAGGCGCCGGUAGACGAAGUGAAUACGUUUUUAAGGGGCGGGAAUGUAGUGCCGAGACUACCCGUCCGACAGACCACUACCGCUAUGAGGACAGAGAAGUUCACUCUUAUGGUUGUGCCCGAUGUCAAGGGGGAGGCCAGGGGUCAGUUGUAUUGGGACGACGGGGACUCUAUCGGUACGAUUGAGAGUGGCAAUUAUACCUUGGUCACUUUCGAUGUGAAGAAUGCAACCCUGGUCACUAAUCCACAACAUAAUGAAUAUGCUGGUGGUGUGACCACAGAUACCAUACACGUAUUGGGUGUCAACAAAAAGCCCACAACCGUUUCAAUUGAUGGACAAAUGGCUACAAAUGUUACGUAUAGUCAGGACCCGCAGUGGCUAUCAGUGUAUGGUUUAACCAUUGAUCUAGGCAAAUCUAAACAUACGGUUGAAUGGAAAUAAAUUUAUUGAAUUUAAGAUAAAUAGAAAACAUUUUAAAAAUUAAUAUGUUCAUUAGUUUAAAUAAAUUCUGUG